UUCGCUGCAGCUGCUGAGCGAGGGUUCGGGCCCCCGCAGGCGGUGCACGCCCGCUGCCAUGGCUUUCCGUAGGAGGACGAAAAGUUACCCGCUCUUCAGCCAGGAGUUCGUCAUCCACAACCAUGCAGACAUCGUCUUCUUCUUGGUGCUCUGUGUCCUCAUCGGGCUUAUGUUCGAGGUCACGGCCAAGAUUGCCUUCCUAUGUAUUUUACCUCAGUAUAACGUGAGUGUGCCUACAGCAGACAGCGAGACAGUGAACUACCACUAUGGCCCAAAGGACCUGGCCACCAUCUUGUUCUACAUCUUAAUCACCAUCAUCUUGCAUGCUGUGGUUCAAGAGUACAUCUUAGACAAAAUCAGCAAACGCCUUCAUCUCUCCAAGGUCAAACACAGCAAGUUCAAUGAAUCUGGACAGCUGGUUGUCUUUCAUCUCAGCUCAGUGGCAUGGUGCCUCUAUGUGGUGGCAACGGAAGGCUAUUUAUCAAACCCAAGAAGCCUCUGGGAAGAUUACCCGCAUGUGUACCUCUCCUUCCAGGUGAAGUUUUUCUACUUGGGUCAGCUGGCGUACUGGCUGCACGCGCUACCUGAACUCUAUUUCCAGAAGGUACGGAAGGAAGAAAUCCCCCGCCAGCUACAGUACAUUUGCCUGUACCUGCUCCACAUCGCUGGGGCGUACCUCUUGAACCUCAGCCGCCUGGGGCUGAUCUUGCUCCUGCUGCAGUACUCCACUGAGGCCCUCUUUCACAUGGCUCGGCUCUUCUACUUUGCCGACGAGAACAACGAGAGGCUGUUUAACGCCUGGGCUGCUGUGUUCGGGGUCACACGUCUCUUCAUCUUCACCCUCGCUGUGUUGACCAUUGGCUUCGGAUUGGCUCGGGUGGAAAACCAGGUGUUUGACCCCGAGAAAGGGAACUUUAACACCUUGCCUUGCAGGCUCGGCAUGCUGCUGCUGGUGUGUGUGGCCCAGGCCUGGCUCAUGUGGCGUUUCAUCCACUCCCAGCUGCGACACUGGCGGGAGUACUGGAAAGAACAGAGUGCCAAGCGCAGAGUCUCUGCGGUCCCCAGGCUUCCAGCCAGGCUCCUCAAGAGAGAACCUGGUUACCAUGAAAAUGGAGUGGUGAAGGCAGAGAAUGGAACCUCCUCACGGACUAAGAAACUCAAGUCUCCCUAGCGUCAUUGUGCUGAAAACAGGGAUCCUCUGGGUGAGGGCCUGGCAGAGAUGAGGACCCCUGACCCCCAACUCAGACUCUCUGCCCUUCUGGCCGUACUCCAUCUCCACCAGCAAAAACCUUGGCAUCAAAGGGGGAGCUCCUCUCUACCUUCUAGUCUUUCUCUUCUUUCAUAAACUGUUCUCAAUAAAGCCAAAAAAUCUUCUAUUCUUGCUCCCUUGAGCCACCUCAUGGCCUCACUUCUGUC